UUCGCAGCAGCAAGCGGUAUAUAAGGUGUAACGCAAGGAAAAGUGACAAAGCGCACAAAGAACAAAGUAAAAAGCCGACAAAGUUGCAAAAAAGGACAAGGGUUGUAUGCGUUUUUUCCUAGUUAUAUCUUACAAGAAUGCCAUUUUGCAAAAAUUUCUAAAUAAAUUGUAUAAAUGGAUAGCAUCAGGUGGUGAUUGCGUUGCAGUAAGCAAUUAAGCAUUUAGUUCUGCUUGCCUAUAUUGCGUUACCUUCGUCUGGAGUAAUUCAAGCAUGCCAAAUUUAAUUAAUUAUUAGAGAAUAUAACCACAUUUCAUGAACCAUUAAAAAAAUAUUUUCACAGUUCGUAUAAGCUGUGUUUUCUUAGAGUCUAAUAUUCCGGUGUUGAACAAUGACCUUUACUGUUUGCAAUCGUUGCAAACUAUAGUCUAAGCAUUAUAUCGGAACGUAUAUGAUCUUUCAUAAAAUCGAUUCUAUUAUAAAAAGCAGAAACGUUGAAAGUGGCGAUCUUCGAAUAGGCGAAUUUCAUUGUAACAAAACUUUAAAGGCCAAUAAUGCUUGAUGAGGUGAGUGCUCUAAGCUAUGGAAACAGGUUUGUCGUUUUUAGUGCGAACUCACCAAAGACGAAGUAUUUUUUAGCUCUUUGUUAACAAACAAAAAUCCUAAAAUAUUUCAGAAUAAGUGAGACAAAGUUCAGCUAUAUGCCUCAAAACCUUUAAAUGUUAUUCGAUAGACGGAAAAACCUUGCCAGUAAUAUUUUUGUUGUCUAUCUAUGCACCGUAAAAACAAUUUCACCACGUUCUUGUCUUUUCUAUUAUAAUUUUCCUUUUUCUUGCAUUUAAAGUGCACAAAAGCAACAAUCACGCACCCCAACGGCAAACCCACCGACUCAGCAUUAUUCGCUAAUAUCCGGCUUCACAAUGCAGACAUGGAUGGCACGUUUUUUCGACUCCUUUUUAACCAUUAUAUUCGUAAUUCUUCAUAUUAUAUUGAGUGCGAGCGAUUGUCUAUAGGCAAGCAAAUGAGCAGGCAUCCUGCCAGGUAAACCGGCCGAUACGAAUGAGAGGGUUGUAUGUGUAGACGAAGCAGACGCAGAAGAGAGUAGAUGAGUUGUGUACACUAGCAAUAGCUAGCUUCUAUAUUAGCCGGAGUUCACCACACAUACGCACGUGCACACGCUUACGUUUAUGUGUACGAAGUAUCACCAGCGCAAGCAAGGGAAGUAAAGCAAUAGCAGUAAAAACGUUGAACUAGACAGUUGCCCAGUGGCUGUAAGGCAAAGUUGACUGCGAUUUUUACGUUGCUUUAAUGUCGCGGAGUUUUCAUUUACCAUACAUAAAUAUACUUUUUAUACACAAAAACUUUAUGCACUAAUUUAAAAUAAUUCUAAAUUAGCUUAAGCAUAACUCAAGUAUGGUAAAAGAAAAUAGAUUAUUGAAAUAUCAUUACUAAGUGUAUUUAGCGGUGGAUUUGUUAACUUAAGCAGGAAGAGUUUUCCCAAGUUCAACGUAUACCAAGUGGAUACAAAAGUGUUACCAGUAAUAUAAUAAAUUUGAAAGCACAGCUAAGAAUUAAGUGCUAGGAACGUGUAUAAGCAACGCAAAGUUGUUGCAGUUUGUAUAUAAAAAGCUGCUAAAAGCCGCUGCUAUAACUAAAACUUCUAAAACUAGGCUAAUUUUAUUGUUAGAACAGCGUACGUCAUAAAGUAGGCUAAAAAUUUGUGUUAUAUUGCAUUAUAUUUGUAGUGGUAUGCCUUAGCCAUGUGCUGCGCUCAAUUUAUUAUAUUAUUGUUAUAAUUUAAUACGAAAUAUAUAAUUUUAAAUAUAAUUAAAGAUCGCAAAAUUUACAACAAAAAUUUAAUUAAUAAAUUUAGCUCGAGUAGUGUAUCUUGCACACGCCUUCCACAAUACUAACUGCUAACAUUUUACAAAAUUAAUAGAAACAUAUGAAAGUUAUAGUUCAAAAUUCAAUUACAGAAACAAAAUUCGCUCACUCACUGCCAGCGGAAUAUAUCAAUUAAAAUAGGUAAAUACAACAAAAAUUGCUUAGCAUACAUACAGAUGUAUAUAUGUAUGUGUAAAAAGGUCAUUCCUAAUAAGUGACCAUAAAUUGAAGUGAAAGAAUUGGCCAGCAAUGCAAAAAGGAAAAUUUCAACACAGCUGAGCACGAGGUAUGGCCACCUGCGGCUGCUUGUCAUGCUCGUAAAUAUGUCAAUCGAGUCCACCAACAACUUUAACAACAAUAUGAAAUCACUGAAUACAUUGCCUAAGUGUAGUUAGCUUACAUACAUGCAUAUGCAGAGUAAGCGCUAUGCUCAAAGUAAACCUAAGUGUAGUUAAAACGAAAAAAAAAUUAAUGGAAUAGAUAUUAGUAAAGCAAUACAUAAUAUAAUAUAAUAACAAUAAUAGUAUAAAAUGCCAGCGCAGCCAUAGCAACUCAAAUACAAAAACGCUGUUACUACAUGUAAGUCUUAGAUGCAUAGCGCUACUAAAACUUAUAACAAAUACAUAGAAAAAGUAUACAAACAAAAUAUAAUUUUAAAAACUACAUAAAAGUCCAACUGAUUGAAAGGAAAAAACGUGCAGAUAUAGUAUAACGAUGUUCAACACAAAAGACACACUGCACGUUGGGUCUUACCUUCGCUAUGGCGCACAAAGUGGUAGUCGCGGUUUAGCCGCUGCAGCUGCAUCCACAUUUGGACGUGGCAGCGCUGCCAGUAGUGGGCGCAAUAGCGCUUGCAGUUCGGGCAGCAUUUCACCCAUACCGAAUAUUGCGAUCAGCACUGGCGAUGAGUCGUCGGAGUCGGAAAUCGAAACGGAGCCGGCGCGUAUCUUCCAUCGACGCCUUUCAACGAAAAGAAAUAUUAAUGCGGCGGCCACAAUCAAAGAGGGUUUCCUGUUAAAACAGAUAUGGUCAUUUCAGCGUUGGCGUCGUCGCUAUUUCCGCUUGAAACAAAAUAAAUUAUAUUACGCAAAGGAUAUUAAGCUAAAACUAAUAUUUCUAGCUCAAACGUAUUUGCUUGCAUUUUAAACUACAAUACUAUUACUAAUAUUAAGUUUUGAAUAAUUAAAUACAUUUUUUAAUUUUCUUAAUAUUCCGUGGUAAUUAAAAGAUAUAUACAAACAUGACUUAUUUAUAAAAAUAUUUGAUAUAA